AUGUGCCAAGUUACAGAGUUCACUAGCAUUGACUGUGGAGGCACAAGUAAUUAUACCGACCCAAAUACCCGCUUAGCAUGGAUUUCGGACAACGGAGUCAUUCGCCAUGGAAAUCCAGUAGAAGUAGAGAAUCCAGAUGAAAACUUGCCGCAGUAUCAAAGACGCAGAGACUUUCCCAUAGACAACAAGAAGUACUGCUACACUCUAAGCACUGAUGAGAGAAGGCGGUACCUUGUUCGAGCAACAUUUCUGUAUGGCAGUUCUGUGGAGCAAGAUACAUACCCCAAAUUCCAGCUGUACUUAGAUGCAACCAAGUGGUCAACUGUGACUGUGUUGGAUGCUUCAAGAGUAUAUAUUAAGGAGAUGAUCAUUAGGGCACCAUCACAAUCCAUUGAUGUAUGCCUGUGCUGUGCAACAACAGGAUCUCCAUUUAUAUCCACCCUCGAGCUUCGGCCAUUGAACCUUUCAAUGUAUGCAACGGAUUUUGAGGAUGAGUUCUACUUAGAAGUAGCAGCAAGAGUAAACUUUGGAGCUCUAACCAAGGAAGCCAUAAGGUACCCGGAUGAUCCUUAUGACCGUAUAUGGGAUUCAGAUCUCGAUAAAAGGCAAAAUUAUCUCGUAGGGGAGGCCCCUGGCACAGAAAGAAUCAAUACAAUGAAGAACAUAGACACAAACACAAGAGAAUACCCACCGAUUAAAGUAAUGCAAACUGCAGUGGAGGGCACCAAAGGUACAAUCAGUUACAGAUUAAAUCUAGAAGAUUUCCCUGCCAAUGCUCGAGCUUAUGCAUAUUUUGCUGAAAUUGAAGACUUGGGAGUGAAUGAAACUCGAAAGUUUAGAAUGGAACAGCCUUAUAUUCCCGACUACAGCAAUGCUGUUGUAAAUAUUGCUGAGAAUGCCAACGGAAGCUACACUCUAUAUGAACCCAGCUAUAUGAAUGUUACAUUGAAUUUUGUGUUGUCAUUUGCCUUUGUAAAGACCAGGGAUUCUACUCGAGGACCACUCCUAAAUGCAAUCGAAAUAAGUAAAUAUGUGGAGAUUGGCCCCAAGACAGAGGGGCAAGAUGUGAAUAUUCUCAAUGCCCUUCGCUCCAUGUCUGCUGGGAGUGAUUGGACAGCUGAAGAAGGUGAUCCUUGUAUCCCUGCUCAGUGGGAAUGGGUGAGUUGCGACAAUACCAUUCCACCAAGAAUCACAAAAAUUGCACUGUCAGGCAAAAAUGUGAAGGGUGAAAUCCCAUCUGAGCUGAACAACAUGGAGGCAUUGACAGAGCUAUGGCUGGAUGGCAACUCCCUCAGUGGGCGAAUCCCCGAUAUGAGUAGUCUAGUCAAUUUGAAAAUUGUGCAUCUAGAGAAUAACAGAUUGUCUGGUCCAUUACCUUCUUACCUGGGUAGUUUACCAAGCUUAACAGAACUGUAUGUACAAAACAAUUCUUUGAGCGGAAAAAUUCCUCCAGCAUUGUUAACAGGAAAAGUAGUUUUCAACUAUGAGCAUAAUCCUGGGCUAAGUCGAGGAGGAAAGCAUAAGACUAAUUAUAAAUUGAUACUUGGAACUUCGGUGGGAGUACUAGCAAUUCUGCUUGUUCUGUUUGUGGGAAGUUUGCUACGAUUGCGUUACAAUCGGAAAAAGACAUAUUAUCAGAAAAAUGAUGGAAAAGGUGAUUCUUUGCGCACCAGCACAAAGCCUUCAACUGCCUACUCAUAUGCACGAGGUGGGCAUUUGAUGGAUGAAGGUGUAGCAUACUACAUUCCACUCUCAGAGCUAGAAGCAGCUACGAGAAAUUUUGCCAAGAAAAUUGGAAAAGGAAGUUUUGGACCUGUAUACUAUGGCCAAAUGGAAGAUGGAAGAGAGAUAGCAGUUAAGAUCAUGGCUGAUUCAUCUAGCCAUGGGACCCAGCAAUUUGUUACUGAGGUAGCUCUCUUGUCAAGAAUUCACCACAGAAACUUGGUUCCUUUAAUUGGAUACUGUGAAGAAGAAUAUCAACGCAUGCUGGUUUACGAAUACAUGCACAAUGGUACCUUGCGGGAUCACAUACAUGAUCCUGUCAAGCAGAAGCACUUGGACUGGCUAGCUCGUCUUUGUAUUGCAGCAGAUGCGGCAAAAGGUUGAUAUGGAACUUCUCUCUUGUUCAUGUAGCAAUGAAUUUUAAAGCCAACAGCGUGAUUGCAAGUUCAGAUUUUUGUAGGCCUCGAGUACCUACACACUGGAUGCAACCCUAGUAUCAUUCACCGAGACGUAAAAACAAGCAACAUUCUCCUAGACAUCCAUAUGAGGGCCAAAGUGUCUGAUUUGGACUUUCAAGGCAAGCUGAAGAGGAUUUAACUCAUAUAUCAAGUGUGGCACGAGGAACAGUAGGCUACCUGGAUCCAGAGUACUAUGCAAAUCAGCAAUUGACUGAAAAGAGUGACGUCUACAGUUUCGGGGUUGUUCUCCUGGAACUGAUCUCUGGAAGAAAGCCUGUUUCACCAGAAGAGUAUGGCUCUGACUGGAGCAUUGUUCAUUGGGCAAGGUCCUUGGUUCGCAAAGGAGAUGUUAUAAGCGUCACAGAUCCUUCACUAGUGGGAAGUGUCAAAAUUGAGUCCAUAUGGAGGGUAACCGAAGUUGCAAUUCAAUGUGUAGAACAACAUGGAGCUUCCAGGCCAAAGAUGCAGGAAAUCAUAUUGGCUAUACAGGAUGCAAUCAAGAUUGAAAAAGGAACCGACAUAUCAGCUUCAUCAGGAUGUUCCAAAACACAAUCUUCACGCAAAACCUUACUCACAAGCUUUCUUGACAUUGAAAGCCCAGACCUUUCCAAUGGGUGCCUAAUCCCAACAGCAAGAUAAUCACAUUCCAGCCCCACCCCCACACCCCUUUUUACUCUGUAACUGUAUAGUUGUAGCAUAUAUUAUUUUAUCUCUUUGUAUAACCAAGUUCCCCCCCCC